AGCACGUGAAAAAGCACUUUAUAUCUCUCUCCCUCUCAUUCGAGGUACAACUCUCCGAUUCGCAUCGUGCGCGUCCCGCGUCCCGCGUCGAUUAUUAUGACACGUUAGCGCAUUUGGCGCGCUUACAGGGCUGCGUUCGGAAAUGUCACUCGAGUGCUCUCGGGUAUCAUUCUAUCUUUGUUUCACAUAGAACGAACAACAAGGAUAGAAUGAUACCCGAGAGCACUCAGGUGAUGUUUCCGAACGCAGCCCAGGGGUACGCGAUCUUCAAAGCAAACGCCGACGAAGCGAGAUGCACGAGUGGCAUCUAUUUGUGAGGUCAACGAUCCUGUGGAAGCUUAAAUUCCUUCGACCAACCGAUUGGGACCAAUCGUAUUCCAUUUCCGGAUGACACUACACCCGUCAUUGGUCAAAAACCAAUACCACUAAUUAUUUUUUGCUGUCGGCAUUAAAUCGUAGAAAUGUCCAAACAAGAGAGAAGUUAUGAUACUGAUGAAUCCUCUACCUCGUAUCGUAAAAAACCGUACGAUAGAGGCUCAGAGUCGGAACGAGCACCAAGAGGAAUCGUCAAAAAAAUUAAGCAAGAAGAUGAUCCUCAACCGAGCACAUCCCAAUAUGUACCAAUGGAAAUUAAAGAAGAAGAAAGUGAAAUUAAAAGUGAGAUUAAAAGUGAAAAUGGCUCGACAAAAGAGACACGUAGUCGAUGUAAGCUGGAGCCUAUUUUUGUUAGUAGACCAAGUACCUUAGUAACUAAAAAAGGUACAUCUGGAGAACAUAUAAUGCUGCAAUCUAAUCAUUUCAAAUUACCUACUGUACCAAAUUGGCGUUUAUAUCAGUAUCGGGUUGAUUUCGAACCUGAAGAAAUGCGUACAUUUAUUCGAAAAGGCAUGCUUAAGUUGCAUAAAGAUAAAGUUGGACCAUAUAUUUUUGACGGUACCAUCCUCUAUACAAGUACCCGUUUACCAGAUAAAAUGGAAUUUACAUCAGUGAGACAAUCCGAUAAUGUACCUGUCAAUAUUGUAAUAUGUUUCGUAGGACCAUUGUCGCCGGAUGAUCCACAUUUUACUGUAAUUUUUAAUAUAAUUAUGAGGAAGUGUUUGGAAUAUUUGCGCUUACAACUGGUGGGCCGUGAUUACUAUGACGCUAAUAAUAAAGUAAUUAUAAAUCAAUUUAGAUUGGAAUUGUGGCCAGGCUAUAUUACAUCUAUCAGACAAUAUGAAAAUGAUGUUCUACUGUGUGCAGAAAUAUCACAUAAAGUUAUGCGUCAAGAAACACUGUUGCAUAUAUUAAUAGAUUACCGCAGACGCAGUGAUAACUAUAAGGAUGAAUUCUAUCGUUAUGUUCUUGGAAUGAUGGUUCUUACGGACUACAAUAAUUAUACGUACAGAAUCAUAGAUGUAGACUUUGAAACAUGUCCUGCUUCCACUUUUCUCAUGAAAAAUGAAGAUAUAUCUUAUCAAGAAUACUAUAGAAGAAAAUAUGGAAUAGAAAUUACUAAUCCUACGCAACCAAUGUUGGUUACAAAGACCAAACGUAAAGGAAAUGCAGAACAAGAACAAGUGUACUUAAUCCCAGAAUUAUGUCGUCCUACAGGUUUGACUGAUAAUAUGAAAGAAAAUUUCAACCUUAUGAAAGCUUUAGCUCAUCAUACUUGUAUUUCACCUGCAUCUCGUAUUGAAAAACUUAUGAGAUUUAAUAAUAGACUUCGUGGAGAACCAAAAGUCAUUCAAGAAUUGCAGGACUGGAAUAUGACAUUGGAACGAAACCUAGUGGAGAUUCCUAGUCGGGUAUUGCCUAAUAUUCCACUUUUGGUUGCUAAUGACACCAUUAAUAAAGGACAACAACAUGGUAAUUUUAAUCAAAGAGGAGAUUGGUCACGGGAUAUGCAGAGAGCAUGUUUAUUGCACUCUAAGGAGUUAAGAAACUGGAUAGUGAUCACAAGUUCUCAAAGCAAAGGAACGACAUGGAGGUUUAUAGAAAUGAUAAAAGACGUGUCGCGAAGAAUAUCAUUCAGAGUCGAGAACCCGCAUAUCGAAUCUUUAUACGACGAUAAUGCAAAAGCAUAUACUGAGAAGCUUGAAAUAAUUCUUAGUAAACACACUCCAGAUUUAAUAUUUUGCGUAGUGAGCAAUUCUCGGACUGAUCGUUACGCAGCUAUUAAGAAAAAAUGUUGUUUAGAUAGACCUGUACCAUCACAAGUUUUUCUACAAAAAAAUUUAAAUGGAAGAAAUACAAUGAGUAUUGCUACAAAAGUAGCAAUUCAAAUGAAUUGUAAAUUGGGUGGCGCUCCUUGGACGAUCGACAAUGAUUUAAAGGGAUUGAUGACUAUUGGUUUUGACGUGUGCCGUGAUUCAAUAACAACGGGCAAAGAUUUUUUGGCUAUGGUAGCAACUGUAGAUCAAAGACUGACGCGAUAUUUCAGCUCCAUUAGUUUAUAUAGUAGCAGUGAAGAUCUUACAGAUCAACUCUGCGUAAAUUUAUCUAAAGCUGUGAUGGCGUAUCGCUCCAUUAAUAAAGCCUUACCUAUGCAUCUUGUUAUCUAUCGUGAUGGUGUCAGCGAAGGUCAGGUUCGUCAGGUUUACGAAACUGAAGUGGAAAGGCUGAAAAAGAAGCUUGAGGAAAUGUAUUAUGGUCCUAAUUUUAAAAUGAUCUUUAUUAUCGUGACGAAAAAAAUCAACGUUCGACUUUUCAAAUAUAAAAAUAAUCCACCGAUUGGUACAGUUGUCGACGAUGUUAUAACGAAUCCGUUUAGAUACGACUUUUAUCUUGUAUCACAGCAGGUUAGACAGGGUACAAUUUCACCAACGUCAUAUAACGUUAUCUACGAUAAUACGGGUUUAGAUGCUGACACGAUUCAAACUCUUACUUUUAAGUUAACUCAUAUAUACUAUAAUUGCUCAAGUACUGUUCGUGUACCAGCGCCAUGUCAUUAUGCAAAGAAGUUAUCGUUCUUAGUGGGACGACUUCUUCAUCGGCCCCCAAGUUCACAGCUGGAAAAUCGAUUGUUUUUCUUAUAA